GCCCGCCUCCCGCUCCCUGUCGUGGCGCUCGUCCCCGGGCCUGGCGGCUGCUGCGUUCAGCCCGAUUCCGCGGCGGCCUGGCCCGAUGGCGCCUCAGCGGAGGGGCGCAACCAAGACGCCCGAGGGCAACGGGGGUGCCGAGCGCCGACGUCCGAGCAGCACCAAAAAGGAUCAAGCACCCCGGGAGGCGCAGAGGACGUGGCUGAGGACUGCUGGACUGGGGGCCAGCCUCAUGCUUGCCACAUUUCUGCUAUGGAACAGCUUGAGAGUCGAUGAUGGUGUAGCAGAGGUACUGGCCCACCGCAGCGAGGUCCUGGUGGGCAGAUUCAUCGAGGUGCCCUGUUCUGAGGAUUACAACAGUCACCGGAGGUUUGAAGGUUGCACCCCCAGGAAGUGUGGGAGAGGUGUCAGCGACGUUGUCAUCACCAGGGAGGAGGCGGAGCGGAUUCGUGGCAUAGCUGAGAAGGGGCUUUCCCUGGGAGGAUCUGAUGGAGGGGCAUCCAUUCUGGACCUGCACUCAGGCGCCUUGUCUGUUGGGAAGCACUUUGUGAACCUGUACAGAUAUUUUGGGGAUAAAAUACAAAAUAUCUUCUCAGAGGAGGACUUCCAGCUAUACCGGGAUGUCCGGCGGAAGGUCCAGCUCACGAUUGCUGAGGCUUUUGGCAUCAGCUCAUCCUCACUGUACCUGACAAAGCCUACAUUCUUCUCCCGCAUCAACAGCACAGAAGCCCAGACAGCUCAUGACGAGUACUGGCACGCACAUGUGGACAAGGUGACUUACGGCUCCUUUGACUACACCUCGCUGCUCUACCUCUCUGACUACCUGGAGGACUUUGGCGGAGGGCGGUUCGUGUUCAUGGAGGAAGGCGCCAACAAGACGGUGGAGCCCAAAGCUGGACGAGUCUCCUUCUUCACCUCAGGGUCCGAGAACCUGCACCGGGUGGAGAAGGUCCGCUGGGGCACCCGUUAUGCCAUCACCAUUGCCUUCAGCUGCAACCCCGACCACGGCAUCGCAGACCCAGCAUUUCCAUAGCCAGUGGGCCCAGAACCCAAGGAAAACAUCUGGAGGGCCCAGUCCACAGCCCAUGUGGAAAGUGGCACACACCUCAUCCCUUCCAUUCCGCCCAUUCCAUUGCACAGAGUGCCUUACGAAUCUUCUCCAAGUCUGAUUUGCUGAUGUUUUAAUCUUUCAUCUGUGAGUAAAUUGAGGGGGCCAGCUUUUCCCUUCACAGGGUUGAGUGUUUGUUUCGAAGACUAUAGACACAGGCCCAACAUGAUCCUCCCUCAGAAAAGGGACUUACAGGCCCUGGGUAGAAAUCCCCAUCUGUGAGCAGACACAGGACCCAUUUUACCUGGGCCUCAUCCACAUUUAGAAACCACCCAGCCCAUCGAAGACUGACUAAAGCAUCGGCAGACUUUUAAAUGGAACAGUACUUAUGUAGGGUCAGUGGCUUUUACUUGGGCUGCAGAAUCAAUAAACCAUGACAGCUGUAGAGAAGGCUUCAAUGAGCGGGUAGUUCUGGGGACAGCAACAGAGUCCUUCCGGGGAGGGGCUUCUACUGGAUUUGAGGUGACAACGAACAUCUACUAUUCCCUUGGCUCCAAGUCUGUGUCCCUGAGACUACUGACCCUGAAUCACCCUGAGUACUUUGGUCACUGUACUGAGCCCUGUCCCAUCACUGGCCCGAGUCCCCAACAGCUGGGUCCAAGUGUGUCCCCACUGAGGAGGUUCUGGGUGUUGCUGUCUCUAGCUCCUGGUCUCCUGUCUA